CGCGCCCCGCCCCAGGCGCCUACCCCGCGGUCCCGGGACCUCCGCUUCCCGGCUCCCCGCCGCCGCGCCGUCAACGCCUGGUCCGCCCCGCGCCCCCAUGGCCGGGAAGGCGCUGUCGCUGCUGCCGCCGCUGCUGCUGGCCGCGGCGGGCCUCGCCGGCCUCCUGCUGCUGUGUGUCCCCACCCGCGACAUCCGGGAGCCGCCCGCCCUCAAGUAUGGCAUCGUCCUGGACGCUGGCUCUUCCCACACAUCCAUGUUCAUCUACAAGUGGCCAGCAGACAAAGAGAACGACACAGGCAUCGUGGGCCAGCACAGCUCCUGUGACGUGCGUGGUGGGGGCAUCUCUAGCUAUGCUGACAGCCCUUCCAGGGCUGGGCAGAGUCUUGUGGAAUGCCUGAACCAGGCGCUUCGGGAUGUGCCCAAGGAGCGACACGCGGGCACGCCCCUCUACCUGGGAGCCACGGCGGGCAUGCGCCUGCUCAAAUGCCCCUCAGGGUCCUCCCUGUGUCACAGCCUAACCAGUCCAGAGGCUUCGGCCAACGUGCUCGCGGCCGCGACGCAGACGCUGACCCAGUAUCCCUUUGACUUCCGUGGUGCCCACAUCCUCUCGGCCCAGGAUGAGGGGGUGUUUGGCUGGGUGACCGCAAACUACCUGCUGGAGAACUUUAUCAAGUACGGCUGGGUGGGCCAGUGGUUCCGGCCAAAGAAGGGGACGCUGGGGGCCAUGGACCUGGGGGGCGCCUCCACACAGAUCACCUUCGAGACGGCCAGCCCAGCUGAGGAUCCGGCCAGUGAGGUCCAGCUGCGGCUCUACGGCCAGCACUACCGCGUCUACACCCACAGCUUCCUCUGCUAUGGCCGUGACCAGGUCCUCCGGAGGCUGCUGGCCAGUGCACUCCAGACCCACGGCUUCCACCCCUGCUGGCCGAAGGGCUACUCCACUCACGUGCUGCUCCAGGAUGUGUAUGAGUCGCCGUGCACUGCAGCCCAGCGGCCCCAGACCUUCAACAGAAGCACCAAGGUCAGCCUGUCGGGGAGCAGCGACCCUGCCCUGUGCCGUGGCCUCAUCUCUGAGCUCUUUAACUUCUCCUCCUGCCGCUUCUCUAGAUGCUCCUUCAACGGCAUCUUCCAGCCCCCUCUGGCUGGAAAGUUCAUUGCCUUCUCUGCUUUCUUCUACACGGUGGACUUCCUGAGAACUGUGAUGGGGUUGCCCGUGGCAACCCUGCAGCAACUAGAGGCGGCCGUGGUCACCAUCUGCAACCAGACGUGGAGUGAGAGACCUCCCGGUGGCCGCUGGCCCUACAGUCUCCCACCUGCAUUCCAGCUGCAGGCUCGGGCGCCGGGGGAGCGGGCCCGCCUGCCCGACUACUGCGCUGGGGCCACAUUCGUGCAGCAGCUGCUGCGCCGCGGCUACGGCUUCGACGAGCGCGCCUUCGGAGGCGUGACCUUCCAGAAGAAGGCCGGGGACACCGCGGUCGGCUGGGCGCUUGGCUACAUGCUGAACCUGACCAACCUGAUCCCCGCCGACCCGCCCGGGCUGCGCAAGGGCACAGACUUCAGCUCUUGGGUCGUCCUCCUCCUGCUCUUCGCCGCCAUGCCCCUGGCUGCGUUCGUCCUUCUGCUGCACCGGGCGCGCUCUGCCAAGUCGCCGAGCGCCAUCUAGGGGCGGGUUGGGGGCAGCUGCCCCAGCCCCAAGUCCCCCAUGCCUCACCCCACCCUACUUUCCACAUCUCUGUCCCUAAUGAAGCCCGGGAGCAAGACUCUAGCGCCCACGCCCACGUUUGGCCCGGAGAGGUGAAGGGAACCGAAUCCAGCCCCCUCCUGCCCACUCCAGCCUCGGCUUCAUCUCAAGGCCUAGCGCGCCUCCUCCUCUUCCUGGGGGUGGGGAUUCAGACACCCCGCAGCCCUCAGCCUGUGAAUCCAGGGUUGGGUCUCCAGGGAAUGGAGUCCUGAGAGUCCCCUCCCACCCCCAGUCUUGGGUUGUAGGGGGAGGGUCAGAGCCCACAAGCUGGGAGCCAGCCCAGCGCCUACUUGUAAAAAUUUUGUAGUAAAAAGUUUUUCACAGA